AUGCCUCUGCGUCUCAAAUUUCUAUUCAAGUGCAAAAGAUCUCAUAAAUAUCUCAAGAAAAAACCGCUCUUUACGGGGAAGGAGGAAACACAUUCUCUAAUCACACAAAGAAGGUCACGAGGAGUGCAGAGAGACAGCGCGCGCACACACACGCGUAAACAAAGAGAGAGAUAUACCAUGAGGCGAUCGACGCGCGCGCACAGAUCUUCCUCUGGAAAAGAAGAGGGAAAAGAAAAGAGGAAUCUUGAGUCUCCUUUUCCAAUCCGGAAACGGAGUGACGACACGUCGGAGUUUGAGGAUGAUUUUGUUGAGAAGAAGACUACGACGAAGAAGACGAAGAGGAUGGGCGGUCACUCGGUCGCUGCGAACGAAGAAGCAAAGAUCAAGACGAGAUCAUCGAAACAAAAAAAAGAGAUCGUCGUCGUUCUCGAACGAGGAGGGACUGAAACAGCGGCGACGACGACGACGACGACGGAUGAUGGUGACGACGUUUCUCCCCAAAACGAGGAGGAGAAAAAGAAGUCAACGAAAACGACUGAGGAAAAGGAGAAAAAAUUACGAAUUUUACUGGUCGAGGACGACAUCCCGACCUCCUUAAUCAUAACGUCCAUGCUCACGCAAGCCGGAGCGAUAGUGACGAACGCAUCCAACGGGAAGCAAGCUUUAGAGCGAUUACGAGAUAACAAUUAUCACGAAAAGAUUGAUUUGAUUCUAACGGACAUCAUGAUGCCGGAGGUGGACGGCAUCGAGUUGUGCUCGAUUUUAUCGAAGAAUCCGAAAUUGAAAGAGGUGCCGAUAAUUGUCAUGUCGGUGAGCGAUCAUUUGGAAGCUACCGGGGAAGUUUUGGAUGAGAGUAAAGCGCACGCGAUUGGUGCGGAGGGGUUUUUGCAGAAACCGCUGAGUAAGGAUGUGUGUAGGAGCAUGGUCGGGACGCAUCAUAGGUUACCGUCGAACGGGAGUUCGUCGAGUUCGUCUUUACUGUUAACGACAACGACGAGGAAUGGUGACGGUAAAAACGACAAUAAUAAUAAUAAUAAUAAUAAUAAGGAUAGUAAUAAGGACAGUAAUAAUGAUAACAACAUCAUCAUCAUCAUCAACAGCGGUUCUGAGGAGAAAGGUUCGGGCGGCUCGGACGAUCCAUCGACUUUCAAACUCGCGGUGAAAGAAUCUGGCGGUCUCGGAGUCCUCGACGAAGAAGGGACGAAGGAAAUGGAAGAGAUGAAAAAAUCGAAAACGGCCGACCGUUGGACUCGAAAUCAAAUGCGAGAUGCAGAUUGCGGAUCAGAUGAAGGUUCUGGAGCCGGGGGUGGGAGAGAAUCCUCCGGAAACGAAGAAGAAGGAGAAGAGGAGAAAAAGAAGAAAGAAGAUUCGUCGGAAAAGGAGACCAUGAAAACUACUACUACUACUACUGUUACUGCUCGAGAACUCGCGACGGCGCCAAUGCAAGAAGAAGGACCAGGAACCUCGGCGCGAAGGACUUCAGACCUCGUGACGAAUAUAUUGCACUCGGAACAAAAGAAACUCUUCUCGGGUUUGUCGGUGCAACUCGUGCGCGCACACGGCGGUCCAACGGCUGUUCUCGAACUCGCGUUACCGCCACAUUCACACAAUAAAGGCGAAGGUAGUAACAACGAUGGUAACGAAUAUACGAACGAUUCUGAUCGCGUCAAAUUACGCCGGUCUGAGUCGCGCUCGGCGUUUCAAUCAUUCAUCAAACAAAACGAGAACAAAAACGUUGGCGUGGAAACGGUAGCGUUACCGAUUGAUCCGAUGUCGAUGGUUUUUCCCAAUCUGAAUGAUGGCGCGAAAGCAGAUAUGACUCCGGAUGGUAAGAAGAAGAGCGGAAAGAAUGCGACGAAAGCAGCGCGUUCGAGAUUAUCAAAGAAAAGUACUUCACCGCAGGCGGCGAUGACUGAAGCGAAAGAUGUGGAAGCUGCGGAACUCUUGGUCCAGUACCAGAUGCAACAACAACAACAACAACAACAAGAACAACAAGAACAAGAACAACAAGAACAAGAACAACAACAACAACAACAGCAGCAGCAGUACCAGAUGCAAAUGCAACAGCAGCAAUUCAUGCAAAUGCAAAUGCAAUUCCACCUUCAACAGCAGAACUUCAUGGGGGCGGCACAGGAUCCGGCCACGGUGCAAGCUAACGCGCAAGCGUAUCAAAAUUUGAUGCAGUCGUUGGCGAUGUCUCAGCAGCAACAGCAACAGCAUCAAAUGCAAAUGCCUCCUGGAUUCAAUCCCGCCGCCGCGGCUGCAGCAGCCAUGUUUGCUUCCUCCUUGAAUGGAGCGCCACCGCCAACGAGCAUACACAGUAACGCCGGAAUGGGCAUGUUUCCGUACUUUCAACAAAAUCAAGAAUACGUAAAUUCAUUCGUGCAAGCGUUGGCAUCCGCCGUCGAGAAGGCGCCGAUGACAAUGUUAGAACACCAACAUCAGCAGCAUCACUAUGCGCCACAGCAGCCGGCCCAACCGUUCGUAAACACAUCUGCGGCGCAAGUGAAGUUGGACAACAUUGUUGCCAACAAUACCAACGCUGCCGUCAACAACGUCAACACCGCCUCAACCUGUGCCGAGCGAAGAGCGUUGGCCAUCGCUCGAUUUCUCAAGAAGCGCAAGGAGCGUAAAUUCGAAAAGAAAGUUCGAUAUGCCAGCAGAAAACGGCUGGCGGAAGCUCGACCAAGAGUUCGCGGUCAGUUUGUGAAAAAAGUGGUUGCCGUAGAAGAGGUACCGACGACGAUAGCGGCGAAGAUCGCGACGACGACGACGACGAACAGCGACGAAGAGGCGAACAAAGCGAGUGAAGAAACUUUGAAAAUGAAAGUUGUGGACGAAUAA